AUGGCAGUAAUCCAGCACCCAGUGGAGACUGCGCAUGAACUGGUCUCCAGCCAUCGUGACCUGGCUAAAAGCUACAGCACCAGCCAGGAGGAGCGCAGGCUACUGGAGGAAGGUCUCCACCCAGGGGGAGAAACUGCUUUGUUCCAGCCCAUCACUGUGCACUCUGAUGCUGACUGGAUCCCCUCACACCCAGAGGAGCCCCAGGACUUCCAGAGCUUCUACAGGAACCCAUACCGCAACACCCCCAUCCAGGGACAUAGCACCAUCAACAUACAGACUAUACGCUCUUUCGGAGAGGCCGAAGGCCAGUAUGUGGAGUGGCUGAGAGAGUACUGCCAGGCCUUCUUUUAUGGGCUGGUGGUGAAACUGUUGCCCUCGGUUACCGUGACUGCCACAGGAUGUGCUUUCAGGGUCAACAGCAGCACUCAAAACAUCCAGAUCCUCUCAGGGGACUUGCUGUGUUUCUUGAAGAAAAGGAAGCCUAAAGAUGCCUUCUGUGUGGUAGGGAUCAGAAUGAUCAACCUCUACCCCAGAGACUCCUGGAACUUUGUGUUUGGCCUGGCUUCAGUCACUGAAGGAAUGGGAGGGUUCAGCUUUGCCCGGUAUGAUGAUCACUUCUACAGCAGAAGCUAUGCGGGGCCCAAGCAUGGGGACUACUCUGUGUUCAAGGACUACUACACGGCCCCCAUCUCCAGCAUGGUGUUACUCUCCUGCAAGACCAUGAGCCAUGAGCUGGGCCACAUUUUUGGGAUCAAGCACUGCAAGUGGAUGGAGUGUGUGAUGCAGGACUCUAGCCAUCUGGAGGAGUCUGACAGACGGCCCCUCCACCUCUGCCCCAUCUGUCCACGCACGCUGCAGGCUGCCAUCGGCUUCAAGAUGGCCGACAGGUAUAAGGCCCUGCUGCUGUGGAUAGAAGAGGAGGAGGGAGUUCAACCCACAUCCUUCAAGCUUGAAUCAUCCCAAACUAAACCCAACCAGACAGCCCCCCAAUCUGGGGCCCCGGCCCCUAGACCCACCCAGGCCUUCAACUCCUCCAGACUUUGGCUCUGUAGGUGCCUGGACAUCCUAGAAGACAAGAUCUUAUAGAAGAGAGAUCUUCCAGGUCUACUGCCUAGUUAUGUUUAUUCUAGCUCGAACACACUGUUAGUGGCUUAUCAUAAAUCUAACUUUUUCUUGUUUUGAGUAAUAUGACAGACAUACCCAGUAUGCACUGAGGUGAAAACUGCAUGCUUGUACUGUCAAAUUGUAGGACUUUACAGCAUCAAUCUGUGGUGCUGUAAAAAAUAUUACAAUAAUGAAAGUCCGGUAAGGAAUGUCUAGAAACAUCAUUACAAAUUAAUCUACUGUGAAUGUAGAAUCACUCUCAGACUCUUGUGUAUUGUAUUAUUGGGUUUAUUAUGAUAGAAAACUAUAAUUAACU